GAGGCCGGCGCGGAGGGAGGCCUGCGGGCUGCGGGGGCGGAGCGCGCCGCGAGCCGGGGGCAUGUCCGCGGCGGGCGCCGUCUAGAGGGAGGCCGCGCAGCCGCCGCCACGCUCUCUGGCGCGGCCGCACGCCCGCGAGCCAGGCCCGGGGCCCCGGCGGCGAUGCAGCGACGGCGGCGCCCCCCGCCCGCCGCGCCGCGGCCCGAGGAGGCGGACGUGCAGUUCUCCGCGGGGCUCCUGGGCUCGGCCGCGGCGGCGCCGGCCGCGCGCAGCGCCGAGGACGAGGAGGAGCGGCUGGAGCGGGAGCACUUCUGGAAGAUCAUCAACGCCUUCCGCUACUACGGCACCAGUAUGCAUGAGCGAGUGAACCGAACAGAAAGACAGUUUCGAUCACUUCCAGCUAAUCAACAGAAACUACUUCCUCAGUUUCUUCUUCACUUGGACAAGAUUCGGAAAUGCAUUGAUCAUAAUCAAGAGAUACUGCUGACCAUUGUGAACGAUUGCAUACAUAUGUUUGAAAAUAAAGAAUAUGGAGAAGAUGGAAAUGGAAAGAUCAUGCCAGCAUCUACAUUUGACAUGGAUAAAUUAAAAUCCACAUUGAAACAGUUUGUGAGAGACUGGAGUGAAACUGGGAAAGCAGAAAGGGAUGCCUGCUACCAGCCAAUCAUUAAAGAAAUAUUAAAAAAUUUUCCAAAAGAGAGAUGGGAUCCUUCUAAAGUAAAUAUUCUGGUACCUGGUGCUGGAUUAGGAAGACUUGCCUGGGAAAUAGCUAUGCUAGGUUAUGCUUGUCAAGGAAAUGAAUGGAGUUUUUUUAUGCUCUUUUCUUCCAACUUUGUACUCAACAGAUGUUCUGAGAUUAAUAAAUAUAAGCUUUACCCUUGGAUUCAUCAGUUUAGCAAUAACCGGAGGUCAGCUGACCAGAUUCGACCCAUCUUUUUCCCUGAUGUUGAUCCCCACAGUCUUCCUCCUGGUUCUAACUUUUCUAUGACAGCAGGAGAUUUUCAGGAGAUAUACUCAGAAUGCAAUACCUGGGACUGUAUUGCUACCUGCUUCUUCAUAGACACAGCUCACAAUGUGAUUGAUUAUAUUGACACGAUAUGGAAAAUACUGAAGCCAGGAGGAAUUUGGAUAAAUUUAGGUCCGCUUCUAUACCACUUUGAAAAUUUGGCAAAUGAACUUUCCAUAGAAUUGAGCUAUGAGGACAUAAAAAAUGUUGUUCUACAGUAUGGAUUCCAAGUAGAGGUAGAAAAAGAAUCUGUCUUGUCAACAUAUACUGUGAAUGAUCUCUCCAUGAUGAAAUACUACUAUGAAUGUGUCUUGUUUGUGGUCCGUAAACCACAGUAAUGGUCGCCAGUGAUAUCACUAGGGGGAAAAAAAGAGCAAAUGCUGAAAUAAACAACUCAAAGUCAACUAUCACAGUGACAGGACACAACCUCAAAUCAGUGGUGCCUUCUUAUUCCUAACAAAAUUUAGAAAUAGCGUCUAUUUUCUUAAUAUGUCUAUUGCUUUUUCAGAAAUAUACUAUGCCAUGCAUAUUUGUACUAACCAAGUAAAAAUGGAGGAAAUGGCUUCAAGUACACUUUAUGUUCUUGAAGUCCAGAAUUGUCUUUCACUAGGAAAAACUUUACCUCCAGUAUCUUCAUGAAACUGUCCGUUGCAAGUCUGCCAUACCUAUCGACUAAUAGUAUUGGAUUCCGUAACAGUCUUGUUUUUGCUUUGUAUUCAUCACACAUGUUAAUUUUAGAAGGGUAUAAGAAUCCUCUGUCACAUUCAGCAUCUGGAAUUGGGACUUUUAUUAUGGACCUAAGAAGUCUAUACAUAUGAUGUGUCUAUUCUUUAAUCAUUAAUGUUAUUUUUUUUCCUCGCUCAGCUGAACUUAGAGAAGCAUUAUUUUGUUUUGUUUUGUUUUUCUUCAGAAAUGCUAAAUACAGUAGGAUCAUAGGCCAGUAAAAUGCAUACAAGUAAGUCUUUUGGCUGCAACUGAUACUUUUUGAAAGUGUACUUAUCAUGGGUUACUUUAAAAUGUAUGAUACUCGAUGUAUGAUGACAUUUUAAUUGAGGAACAAAAGCCUUUGGUAAAGGUACUGCUAGGAAACUGGGGGAAUAAGAAUAAAAUCUGCCCUGUAGAAAAGAUAUAAUUUCAACUAAUACAGUUUGUCAGUGAGAUGUUUACAAUAUUGUCUUUUCUUUAGAUUGCCUGGAUCACAAAAGCAAGCACUUUUUUUAUUUUGAUUGUUGUUAGGACAAUUGAAAACCAGUCAUGAUAGUAUUAACGUGGGGAAAUUUUGAGCAUGAAAUUCAGGGAAGAAUUACUACCCGUGGUCUGUGUCGUCUCUUUUGUGAGCAGCACCAUUAAUUUCAUUUUAACACCAAUUUUGUUUCCCAGUAGUUGGAGCUAAAACAAUGUUUGCUGCUUUAAAUUUCUACCUCUAGUAGAUCUUUAUUGGAGGAAGUUUUCCUUUGUAUUUUUAAAAAAUGUUUAUUAACCUUUUUCCAGUAGCUUGGAAAAUUCAAGUUGACUAAUGUUUCUCCUUUUCUUGGAGAAAAGGAAGUAAGUACUCUUGUUGAACAUUUUCACAGAUGAUUGUGAUGGCAUUGAAUAACCUAUAUGGCAAUUUGAGUAAGAUAGACUUUAUCUCAGUAGAGUGCUGAUACCUUAAAUGUCAUUUUUUAAAAGUAAUUCUUGUAAAUCUUUAGAUCCAUAUUGUAAGGUUAGGGCUUUCUUGCACAGUUUGGUUGGAUCUUCCCAGCAGGGCCUUUUCUGCACACACUGAGAACUCUCCGGUAGCCGCUGCCCUUUAGGUCCUGAGGCUGUAUGUAAGGUUUCCACGAAGUUAGUUUUGACAUGUUAAGUUAGAGAAACUUGAAAUUGUUAAGAUUUUUUUUUCUUAUUUGUAUCCCUCAAUACUUCACAGAUGUUCAUUCAUUAAAAAUUUUUACUAUUUACCAUAUAAAUGAACUUGAAAUCAAUAGAGGGAAGAAAAUAAAACAAAUUUUUUUUAAGAAAGAAACUUACAAGGAGCCUAAGCAUUUUUAAACAAUCCAUUGACAGGAAAGCUUGUUUUUGAAUAACCGAGAACUGCUUUUUAUCCACUGACUAGUAUUCACUCUUUCUAGCUCAUAUCAAAACAAAUGAUCUUGUUCUCUUCAGAGAGCAAAACAGAUUGACACCGGUGGGUUAGCUUUAUUAAAAAGUUUGUUAUUACGUUUUAUACUUUUAAUAAUGUUACCCAUAUUUCUAAAUUAUAGCUUAAACUUUAGUUAAUGCUAAAAGCUAUUGUUUUUAAUUUUUCCCAAAUCAUGAGUACUAUUUUUUAAAUGUCCAUUUUCAUCACUUUUCUCUUAGAGCCUUUGCAGUUUAAAUAUAUUCUAAACUUGAAAAUUGUGGUAUCAAUCAGUAAUAGAGGUGUCUCUGGGAGAUUUAAAUUUAUAUUAUGUAUAGUCAUAGCUACUGAAAUAUGUAAGCCUUAAUGUUGUUUUCUUAAGUCAGCUCUAUACACAAAUGUCUUCAUUUAUUUUCAUAAAGCAGGAAGAGACAGAUCAUUGUGCUGGCUUUUUUUUUUUCCUUCCCCAAUAAUCAGAAAUGGUGCAGGUAAGAAUUUGCUAAUCAAGUGAGCAAGGUGAGAUAUGUAAAAUACAAAGAGAAGCUGUAUAAAUCACCAUUUAAAAUUAAGUUUGGGAUCUGUAAAAUGUACUGUAUCUAUAUGUAAGUCUCAACAGUUGCCGCAGAGGCUGAAUUGGAAGCUUCAUAUCUGCAUGAAAUUUCCUAUAUUUUUAAUGUGUAUGAUGGACUUAAUUUUUCUGGAAUAUUAAACUCUGCCAAUUGCUAUGAA